AUGAAAUUCAGAGCUACCAUACUCCAUAUCCUCCGACAAAUCACCUCCCCACAUAUCCAAACCUUUAACCUUCACAUCCCUUUCUCGCACGCAAAAUCUAAACUUUUCUCGCGGACAUUGACAUCAAUUACUAAUCUAGUUCGUAUACGGAAUGUAGCUACAAUUAACAUAAGUCUUGACUCUUUAUGUUAUUUUAAACCUGUUGAUUUUGUACCCAGAUGUAUCUUUAAAAUUCGAUCACUAGUAGAGCUUAAGUUGGAUGGAUACUUUUAUUGCAAAUUGCCUAACGUUAAAAGGGGAGUUGUUAAUCUUCCUAAUUUGAAGAAACUUGAAUUGGUUGAGAUUCAAUUGGAUUGUUACCAAAAGUUAUGGGCAUUGAUCAAGUCUUGCCCUGUUUUGGAAGUUUUGUCUUUAAAACCGGUUUUUGACAAUGCAGCCAAUGUAGGAGUUGUGAAUAUAUCAUCACCCAAGUUGAAAUCAUUAUUGAUGAUUAAUCGAAUACGAACUCGAGAUGUUAAGUUUGUGAUUGAUACACCUUUGCUAGAACACCUUGUGCUACAUGGUUAUCUUGGGUAUUACAGCUUUGUCGAGUAUCCAAGUAAAUUAAUUAAGGCAGAACUUUGUAUUAACGACUUUUAUGUAGGCAAAAGAUAUACUGAUUUAUCUGCCAAAAUACUACAGGUUGUUCAAAGGAUUUCAGGUGUCGAGUCUGCUAGCCUUGAUUAUUAUCCGAGUUUCUUCAAAGUCCUUAGUAACAUGGAUGUGGAUCUUGGGUCAAUCUUCCGUAAUUUAACCCAUCUUAAAUUGAGUGCUUUUGGGUUUGAGGACUUUGAUGUACAUAAUCCAAUUCCGUUGUGUUUGUUAAGUAAGCUCAAGAGGCUUGAAAUAAUGCAAAUGAAGGGAAAAGCCAAUAGUGUCAAGUUGCUAAAGUACAUUCUACGUGACGCAAAUGUUUUGGAGCGGCUUUAUUUAACAACGGUUUAUGAUUUUCAUGGUUUCGAUAAUUAUCGUAAUUUUUUUGAUGAUAAUGAUAGUGAUUCUAAGGAUGAAAAUGACCUAAAAAGAGACCAAUUAUGGUGGGAAUACAAGAUAUUUAAAACAUUGUUAUUUGUUCCCAAGAGUUCCCUACCUAGCGAGGUUAAGUUUGUUGGCAAUUACAUUUGUGUAUCGAGUAAUGGUCCUCAAAAUGGAUUGAUUGUAACCUCCAAUGAUCGGAAUCCUGCAUCGCAGUAUUAG